AUGGGGAACUGCAUUGAGCUGCAGAAGCCAAUCUUAUGGGUAGACGACGACUACGAUGACGCCGACGACAUGGAGGCGGCGGCCGAAAGCCCUGCAUAUCGCCGUGCAGCAAAACCCAAGGCCGCGGAAGUAAUACCCACGUCGGCGGCCGGUUGCAAAGAAAGGGCGACGGCGGUGGCUUCCACUGAGAUCAAGAUCAAGAUGAGCAAGAAGCAACUGCAAGAGCUUCUACGUCAAGUGGAGGAGCAGGGUUUGCCGCUGCAGAAACUCAUGGCGGAUCUCCUGGUAGUGCAGGAGAUUUGCCUCGAAAACAGAGACGUCACUAAGGAUGCGCAUUGGAGACCCAAUCUGCAGAGCAUACCAGAGUAA